GGUCAAUACUAUCACUACAAUACUCCUAUUCCUAUUGGUUUUGCAACUAGGGUAGAAUGUUUGUGCCAUUUGCCACACUCUCCAUAUCUUGGGCCGACUCGACCACCUCGAUCAACUCGCUACUUCUGGGCCAGUAAAUACAAUACUCCAAAACAAUACAAAAUGCUUCACUAAUCAAACUCUUGUUUUCGUACAAAUAUAUGUUGCCAGCAUAGAAUAGCUGCUAUUAACAAACGGUAGAACAAAUUUGGGGAUAUUUCAAGAAAACAGUCUUUGGGUAUCUCAAGAAUCAUCACUCCUGAAUUUACUGCUAUUGAAGUUAAUGCAAUGAGUAAUGUCAAGAGGAAGACUGUAACGGAGAAUGUUGACAGGGGUCAAGAUUCGGUCCUUUUGAAUCUGAUUACUAAUGGAGAGGACUUGGGUCCUAUGGUCCAACUUUCUUUUGAAAGUGGAAGGCCUGAAUCACUUAUGCACCAGCUUAAGCAUGUUGUGAGGAAGAAGGAAGUUGAGAUUGAGGAGCUGUGCAAGCUUCACUACGAGGAAUUCAUCCUUGCAGUUGAUGAACUUCGUGGCGUCCUGAUUGAUGCUGAGGAGCUGAAGAGUGAGCUUGCGAAUGAAAAUUUUAGGUUGCAAGAGGUUGGGAGCAGUCUACUUUUGAAACUUGAGCAGCUCCUUGAAUCGUAUUCGAUAAAAAAGAAUGUCGCUGAAGCCAUUAAUGUGUCUGCUAAUUGUGUUCGAGUCUUGGAUCUUUGUGUGAAAUGUAAUAAUCAGAUAGCUGAAGGUCGUUUUUCUGCUGCUUUGAAGUCUGUUGAUCUAAUUGAAAAAGAAAGUCUAAAGCAUAUUCCUGUCAAGGCACUAAAGGUGCUUAUAGAGAAGAGAGUACCUCUUAUAAAGUCCUAUGUUGUGAAGAAGGUCAUCGUAGAAGUUAACGAGUGGUUUGUUCAAAUCAGGAGCACAGCAAAGGAUAUAGGACAAACAGCAAUAGGAAAUGCUGCUGCUUCCCGUCAAAGGGAUAGCGACAAGAUAGCUCGACAAAGGAAGGCCGAGGAACAGAGUUCUACGGGGUUGGUAGAUUUUACAUAUACUUUAGAAAUUGAAAAUUCUUCAGAAGAUUCUAUUCUGAAGUUUGAUCUAACUCCUCUAUAUCGGGCAUAUCACGUUCAUACCUGUCUUGGAAUCCAGGAUCAGUUUCGUGAAUACUACUACAAAAACCGGCUUCUGCAGUUGAGUUCAGACCUGCAAAUCUCUUCUGCUCAACCAUUCUUUGAAUCUCAUCAGAUCUUCUUGGCACAAAUUGCUGGCCAUUUUAUAAUUGAGGAUCGAGUAUUAAGAACUGCCAGCGGUUUACUAUUAGGUAAUCAGCUCGAUAAAAUGUGGGAAAUAGCAGUGGGUAAAAUGACUUCUAUGUUGGAUGAACAGUUCUCAAACAUGGAUACUGCAAGCAAUUUUCUCUUGGUCAAGGAUUAUGUGAGUCUGCUUGGGACAGCCCUCAGACAAUAUGGUUACAGUGUUGGACCUAUUCUUGAGUGGUGUAGCAAGGGCCGUGAAAAAUUUCAUGAGCUUCUUUUAUCUGAGUGUCGGCAAAAGAUAACUGCUGUCCUUGCCAGUGACACUUUUGAGCAAAUGGUAAUGAAAAAUGAGUUGGAUUACCAAACAAAUGUUCUUGCGUUCAACCUCCAGCUUUCUGAUAUGGUGCCAGAUUUCCCAUAUAUAGCUCCAUUCUCUUCCAUGGUACCUGAUUGCUGUCACAUCGUUAUAUCGUUUAUCAAGGACUCGGUUAAUUACUUGACAUAUGGUGGCCAAAUGAUUUUUGUUGAUGUCGUGAAGAAAUAUCUGGACAAGCUCUUGAUUGAUGUCUUAAAUGAAGCUAUGCUGGACAAAAUGCUCAGUGCUAGCACUGUUGAACGUCAGGCAAUACAAGUUGCUGCAAACAUAGGAUUAAUAGAAAAAGCUUGUGAUUCUUUUCUUCAGCAUGCAGCUCAAUCAUGUGGCAUCCCAGCUCAAGCAGUUGAGAGACAUCAAGAUAGUUUAAAAGCGAAGGUGCUUUUCAAAGCAUCAAAGAAUGAAGCAUAUCUGGCUCUUAUACAUUUAAUUAACUCGAAGCUGGAUGAGUUUCUGGCACUUCUUAAGAAUGUGAAUUGGACUUCUGAUGAACCACCGGAGCACUCUAAUGAUUACAUGAACGAGAUUGUCAUCUACUUGCACACUAUUAUGUCUACUGCUCAGCAAAUUUUACCAUUGGAUGUUUUGUAUAAAGUGGGAUGUGGGGCAGUAGAGCAUAUUUCAAAUGCAAUUGUGGCUGCUUUUCUUAGUGACAGUAUAAAGAGGUUCACUCUUAAUGCAGUUACGAGCAUCGAUAUUGAUCUGAAUAGACUAGAAUCAUUUGCUGAUGAAAAAUUCCACAGUUCUGGCUUGAGUGAGAUAUACAAGGAAGAUAGUUUUGGGAGCUGUUUGAUAGAAGCGAGACAACUGGUGAACCUUCUAUUGAGCAAUCAGCCUGAGAACUUCAUCAAUCCUGUAUUCCGUGAGAGAAACUAUUACGCAUUAGAUACUAAAAAGGUGGAAAAAAUAUGUGAAAAGUACAAAGAUUCCCCUGACAGUCUGUUCGGGAGCCUUUCAAGUAGAAGCGCGAAGCAGAGUUCAAGGAAGAAAUCAAUGGAUGUCUUGAAGAAAAGGCUGAAAGAUUUCAACUGAGAUUUAGAAGGUCUCUUGGUGCAGAGUAACUGAACUAUAUACUUCUGUUUGUUGCUGAUUUCUCUGUAGAAUACAUAAUUUUAGAUUCGCUUAUUACUACUUAAACUUUGCAAGAUGUACCUGAUUGCAAUUGUGUGGCCCUAUAUCUUUGUUCUAAAACUAAGAUCAUAUGUCAACUUUCAUGUAAUCUUGUUGUUAGGCACUGUAUUUCUUAUGUGAAAAGGAUAGCGUUUACAUAAACUUCUGUGCUUUUGGAAAACUGCUGAACUGUUACACAAUGCAA